CAGGAACAGGAAAUGACGUCUUAUGUAUGCGGACGGAGGAGCACGUACACAAAGCAGAAGCUAGUACGAGUUUGUUAGCUCUGUUUGUCUUUAAAACUGCACUUCUGUUAGGCUUGCUGUGAUGGUUUAAUCACGUCGUUUUAAUCUGAGGAAAUAGACUACCUUAAAACACUCGAGCAGCUCGUGAGCAGAACCAUACCAUGUCCUCCCGCCUGGCUUUCCAGACCCAGCUGGCCUCCAUCAUGGAGGUUCUGGCUAACGCCGCGGUGGCGGAGAUCUGCAAACUAGUGGACGACGACUACGCGGUGGUGAGUCUACAGAUGUCUCAGUGCCAGAGAGAGAACAAAGCCCUGAAGAGGAAGCUGCACUUGUUGGAGCUGAAGAUGGCGCGAGCCAACGCCGAGAGGAGACUCAGAGAGAGCUCCGUGAGCUGCAGCCGACCACGCGCGCAGAUUAGCGGCGGCGACAGACUCCGAGAAUCCUCCGCAGGUGGUGUGUUUGAGCGACAGGUGACUCUGUGGUCCGGCAGAGCAGCUGUAGAAGAUGACACACCUCAGCUGAUCCUUCCUGAAAGCAUGCAGACUGAGUCUCCAGAUGUGCAGCUGGUAGAGACAGAUGAGGUGCUGGUGAAGGAGGAGAAAGUGGAAAACAUCCAGCGAGUUGCAGAACCAGAACCUCUCCCAGAUGCUGGAGAGCUGGAGCGUGUCCGUCGUGGAUCUGCAGGACCAAGGCUAGGUCUGGAGGAGCAGGACGUCCACUUCACUUCCAGCCAGUCUCAAUCCCAGAUCCAGAGCCGGCCUGGAAAGACGAAGCUCAGCAGCAGCAGAGGAGUGGAGACCGACGAGGAUGCAGAUGUGGUGCUGGUGAAGGUGGAGGAGGUGGAUCCAGGAACAGGAAGCCUGAACCAGACAGGCCUCAGCAUACAGGAGGGAUUGGUGGAGUCCAGCACAGACGACUUCAGAGCAACUCUUCCACCUGAUGAAACUAUGCAAACAUCCAAAAAUGAGCUGGUUGACCUUCAGGACUCUGGGCGGGCCUUCUCAGAGUCUGCAGCACCUCAGCUGAUCCCCUCAGGACCAGAAGAGUCCAGCAGUGCAGUGGCGGUCCAGCCGAGCCUACCUGACACCAACACAGCAGCCAGCUCCACUGUGCAGCAGCAGAGAAGCAAAGAUAUCAACCCUCUAAACCCUGAAUACUCUCUGUUUGAACUGGAGACCUUCUUCACCCGCUGGGCCCCUGACACUGACCCUGGAGCCCCUCUAUUAAUCAAUGAUGACUCGGAUCCUGAUCAGGACGGAGUGAUUAUCGUAGAGACAGAGUCAGAACCUCGACAACCAGCACAUGCUGCAGUUUCCUCAGCAGCAAGGCCAAGUGGAUCGUCACGGGGGACAUUGCGGAUGCCGGCUCCAUUAUCCCAGCCUUCAUGGAAAAGACCUGCAGCUCAUCUGCUGCAGCAGCGUUGCCGUGGUAGCAGGAUCUCUCCUCAGUCCUCCAGCUUGGUUGCCGUUGGUAACAUGGGUGCUGCUGAGAACAUAAGUGUGUCUGGAAUCAGCUCAACCAGCCGGACUUUAAGCUGCACCGCAGCUCCACAGCCCCCUUUACCUGUCGGUGGACCCACACUGGCUGACGCUGCUCAGCAUCACACCAGCGCGCUCCCUCAUCACCAUGACGGUUUGGGUGCCGGCUCUCUGCUCGCUGAGCGCCGCAAGAAGAGCUAUGUAUGCCAAGCCUGCGGGAAGGCGUUCUCUGGCCUGUCCAACCUGAAGGCUCAUGAGAGAGUCCACACGGGGGAGAAACCUUUCCACUGCAGCAUCUGUGGUAAACGCUUCUCAGAGGCCGGGAACCUGAAGAAACACCAGCGAGUUCACACCGGGGAGAAACCCUUCAGCUGUGACCAGUGUGGCAUGAAGUUCGCCUGGAUCUGCAACCUCAGGACACACCAGCAGUCGGCCACAGGCUGCGUACUCCGAUCCAGGGGGGCGUUAGGGGAUGUGCUGAUGACACACACUUCGACCUGAGGAGUCCGGCUGAUGCAUCAGCUGUUUAACAAACACUGUGACCAUUACCUCCAAGUUUAGGCUUCCUCUACAUGAAAUCAGGUUUUUAACCUUCGUAACAAGUUCAUGUGGUGUUUUUUAGUUGUUUCAAGCCACAAGCAGACGGGAGGAUUUCCACUCAGAGAGUUUCUGUAAACACAUGAGUACUCACAGCUUUCAGCAUCAGAACACGCCUAAUAAAACAGGAACAUGAAAACAGACGUGUCUCAUUUCACUGCAGUUUGUUGUAAAUCACAGCUGUAGCUCAACGGUCAGAAUAUCCGUGUUUUCCAUUCAGGGACGGACUGCUAGUGUAUAUUUGGGACACAGUGGCAGCAAAUCUAAGUAGCUCCUCUGCUGUUUUAUUGUUUUUGCAGUUUGCGAAACUUUUUUUAAACUAUUGUUUUGUUACAGUUUGUGGGUUUUUUGUGCAUUUUCCUGUGUGUUUUUCUUUUGUGAAUCUCCCCCAUGGGGAUGAAUACAGUAUCUAUCUAUUGGUCUGACUGGUCCAACUGACAUUGAGAUGGCCUGCUCAAUAUUGUAAACACCUCCCCAAUUUCUACUGCAAAAACAACCUCUUAAACCACAUCCUACGAUCUUUUAUCAAGCCAGAAAGAAUUUUAACCACAUUUAGAGAGUGAUAAACUCUAAAGAUUAUUAGUCAUGUUUUCAAAGUAUUUAGCUUAUUUCUUACUUGGUUACUUAAUCUUAAAUGAUUAAGUUUGCACAUGAAAGGGAUUUAUCUUGGGUUAUAGCUGCUAAAAACAAAAACAAUGUUUACAAGGCUUAAAGUAUAAAAAUUACACAUGUAUAAAUGAUCUUACAACAAAUAUGUGUGUAGUGCGAAAAUAAGGAAAUGGCACCAAGAGAGACAAAAAUAGUUCUGUAAAUGAGAGAGGCCUCGUUAAUGGGACCAGCAGCAGACGGGAAGAAACUGAUCCUGUGGCCUGAGGUUUCGGUCCUGAUGGACCCCAACCUCCAGCCAGAGGGGUGAAAAGUUUGACUGGGGUGGGAAGGAUCGGCCACGGUCUUCUCUGCCCACCUCAGAGUCCUGGAGGAGUGCAGGUCCAGGACAGAGGGUGGAUUGCAGCUGAUUGGAUGAUGCUGCAGUUUGCCUUUGUCAGUGGCAGCAGGGAACUUGAUGGAGGUGCUGAGGAUGGACUUGAGGGAGGUGUAGAAGUGUACCAACAGUGACCUGGGCAGGUUGAAUUUCUUCAGCUGCUGCAGGAAGUACAUCAUCCUCUGCUGAGUUUUUUUCACCCACUUCAGUUCCUGAGAGAUGAUGGUUCCCAGAAAGAUGCAGGACUUUACAGUUGGAGAGUCAUACAGGGCGAUGGGAGAGGGAGGGGCUGUGUUUUUCCUGAAGUCUACAACCAUGUCCUAUGUCUUUCAAGCGUUAAGUUAUUUCUGCUACACCAGGUCACCAGCUGAUCAGUGGCGGAUGUAGAAAAUUUUACAUGGAAUGUCAAGAGGUCUGGACCAGGUGGCUAUAGGAUCCAAAAUAUGUGUUUAUUUGGUCACUAAAUGGUGCUACGGGCUCGUGUAUAUAGUCUGGGGUGCAACCGGUAGAAUGCAGGUGUUAUGUGGAAUGAUAUACGGAUUUGGCAGAGUGAGCACGAACACUGUUGUAGUUUAACCGAUGGAACUGCAACAAUUUUGGACAUUUUGCACCAUUCAUAUUCCAAAAGCAACAAAAUGGUGAUGAUGCAAACAUGACGAAG